CAUUUAAUUACAAAGUAAUAUUAUAAAGAGAAGCAGACAUAUAUAAAUACCCUCGGGUCUCGUACUCUCCUCUCAAACCGUUUCAACUCCCACCACCACUCCAUCACCUUCCUUCCUUCCUCCGUCCACGAUGGCCACUCUUCCACAUCUUUUCCUACUACUGAUUCUCUUCCUCUCCUUUAACUCAUCCUUAGCUGCACUGCUCAAUCUCAACGUCUUGACUUUCGGUGCCAAACCCGACGGCACUACCGACUCCACCAAUGCCUUCCUAUCUGCAUGGACCCGGGCUUGUGCCUCCACCAACCUUGCCACCAUCUACGUACCGAAAGGGAGGUUUUUGUUACGGAGUGUCAACUUUCGUGGCAAAUGCAACAACAACGCUAUCUCAUUUCGAAUCGACGGUACCCUCGUGGCUCCCGUGGAUUAUCGGAUCAUUGGAAAGGCCGAUAACUGGAUUUCCUUUCAGUAUGUUGAUGGUGUUUCCAUUUAUGGUGGAAAACUUGAUGCCAAGGGUACUGGCUUGUGGGCUUGUAAGAAUUCCGGCAAGGCUUGCCCCAGUGGUGCCACGACAUUAAGCUUUAGCAAUUCCAAGAACGUGGUCGUCGACAGAUUAACAUCACUAAACAGCCAGAUGUUCCACAUCGUAAUCAACGGCUGCCACAAUGUGAAAAUGCAAGGAGUGACCGUCAUUGCUUCCGGUAACAGCCCCAACACUGACGGUAUUCACGUACAACUAUCGAGCGGCGUCACCAUCCUCAACUCCAAUAUUCAAACCGGUGACGAUUGCAUCUCGAUUGGCCCCGGUGCAACUAAUCUCUGGAUCGAGAAGAUAACAUGUGGCCCUGGUCACGGUAUCAGCAUUGGGAGUUUGGGGAAGGACCAAAAUGAAGCAGGAGUGCAGAAUGUGACGGUGAAAACAGCCAAAUUCAUGGGUACCCAAAAUGGGGUGAGGAUAAAGUCAUGGGCAAGACCCAGCAGUGGUUUUGCGCGGAAUAUUGUAUUCCAACAUAUCGUUAUGAAGAAUGUUGAAAACCCCAUUGUGAUUGACCAAAACUACUGCCCUGGCAACAAAAAUUGUCCUGAUCAGGUAUCGGGAGUUAAGGUAAGUAAUGUAAGAUACCAGGACAUACAUGGAACAUCGGCGACACAAGUUGCAGUGAAAUUCGAUUGCAGUGCUAAACAUCCAUGCAGUGGGAUACGAUUGGAAGAGGUGAAACUUACGUAUAAGAAUGAGGUAGCUGAAGCUUCAUGCAAACAUGCUGCUGGGACUAUUUCGGGUGCUGUUGAGCCCACAAGUUGUUUGUAGUUCUUUCUUCUACGGAAGCCUUCCAUGGCCCGGCCAUAUAAUGCUAGUAUUAGUAUAUAGUAAUAUUAGAAUUAAGUUGCCUUGCCUGAGCCUGUGGCGGUGUUGGCCCAUUGGGCAGCCUGGCCUUGCAAUCAACUUAAUUGGAACUAUGAAUUAAUUAAUUGAAUAAUUAAUUUGAAGCUUGGGGGUAUUUUGAUUGA